UAUUAUUUACAUCGUCAAAAGAGUGGCCAACCCCCGGGAAUCCACUUACAAGAAUCAAAAAUGGAGAAAAGAGGGACAGUCCAUUUGUAAAAUUAAGAAUGAGAGAGAGAAUUGACAUUGACCCAAAAGCGCCAUUACAACAACUUGGCCUCCUCCUCCUCCUUCAUCCUUCAUCAUUCACCCUACCCAUCUCCUCUUUUUCCUCUCUUUCCAUUUCUUCAUCCUAUUCCUAGGACUCCACUGUUUCUCUCUUUUUCUUUUUUACUCUAAUUCUAUUGUUUCAAUCCCUUCUCCUAGUGUUUGGCCUCUGCUUUUUUAUUGGGUUUUAGGGGAAUACACUAAAGAUGAAGAAACAGAGAGAUAAGAUGACAUGAGGGACGAUGGAAGCAGUGCCAGGGGCGUUGGGAACAAGCGCCAGCUUGGCUCUUCGUUUGGGACAAACUGUUUUCUCCGCUGCUUCACUUCUCUUUAUGUGUUUGGAUGUUGAAUUCUAUAGCUAUACUUCUUUCAGCUACUUGGUGACAGUCAUGGGUUUAGUGACUCCAUGGAGUGUGUCAUUAGCAUUGGUUGAUGCAUAUUCCGUGUUCGUUAAAGGCUUACCACGACAACCAAGGGUACUGCUGGUUGUCAUUGUUGGAGACUGGGCCUUGUCAUUUCUCUCACUAGCCGCGGCUUGCUCAACUGCUAGUGUGACAAGUCUCUUGGUCAAUGUCAGCUCAACAUAUUGCCCGUCAAAGAUAUGCAGUAGAUAUCAGUUGUCUGCAGCUAUGGCUUUCAUGUCGUGGUUUCUAUCCUUUGCUUCAACUCUCUUCAACCUUUGGCUCCUUCCGUCUUUGUAGCGACUCGCAACUUCCAAGUUCCAACCCUUUCUUCAUACACAAAAAGUUCAGCAGGCAGAUCCUGACAGUCCCUUAGAUGUUCAAAUUAAGAAGUGUACAUUGACAGUAUCAUAUACAAACAUCAAAAUCUUGAACGAUAAAAUUGAAUUUCAAUGUUUUUUGAAUAAAGUUUGCUGCCAAUUUACGAUUCAA